AUGCUCGCUCGGUCGAGUCUGGAUUUACAACAGACUACAACGACUCCUACUCUCGACUCUUCUUCUUAUCAGAAAUUCUUGACUGAAUACAUUCAUGAUAGUCCUUCAAUAUCACAUUCAUUUUCUUCAACAUCAAAUCAUCCAGUCGGACAUUCUAAUCUGAAUUCGACCCCUUCAACUGUCCAUCCCAUACAGCCUAAAGAGUCGUUUUUGAUUCAGAGUAACAUGGAUGAGCAUAAUAGUGUGUUGGGUCGUAGUCAACAUAAUCGUUUGAAUACCGACAAUGACUAUUUUGGUGGUAGUGAUUUUCAAGACUUGGUGGAUGAGCUAGACCAUCAAGACGAUGAAUUCGCAUCACAGCCAUUUCAAUCCAAUACAACUCAUUCUUUGCUUCAUCAUCAGACUGUAACAAAAGAAAUCAAUCCAUUUCAUAUUCAGAGUGUCAAUCCUUUGCAUGAUAUCGCUGAAGAGGGUGAGUCGCAGAUGGGCCAUGUUGCAUUGGAUGACAGUGAUUUGUCACAGCUGGAUUUGGACGAUUUUGAUCCUAAUUCAAAAGAUGUCGACAGUGACCAGAAUACAGAUAUCACUCAUGCUCAUGAUGAUGUGGUGGAAACACACGAUGCUGAUCAGACAGAAUUGAUGACUCGCAUGAUGAUGGAAGAACAUAGCAUACCAAGAAUCGAGGGAAUUACGGAUAUCGAUUUAUCAGAUCUUGAACAGGAUUUAUUUAAUGGUUCUACUAAUGGAAAUAGCGAUGAACUGGAAAUCGAAUUGGAUGAAUUACCUUCGAUUCUGUCUAAUCAUCAUCAGUAUUUGGACACGACUCAUGACAGGAUACAAUCUACAGUGGACGUACAGCUACCACAAACUAAUCUUCAUAAAUCAACUUCUUGGACAACUACUGUUAAUCAUCAACUUGACUCGGAGUAUUCCCCACACGCACAAUUUCAAACUUCAAUUGGAUCAAAUCGUUCUGCUUCAUCCACGCAUUCACAAGGAUGGAUACCAUUGCAUACCCAGCAUGCACACAUGUCGUCUCGUUCAAGUCAUGACGUUUCAGAAACGGGUCAGACUUUGAAUCAUAAUCAUCCUAUACAAAACAUUCAUAACUCUGUUCAACCAUUACAAUAUGUAGGUGGGUAUACGAAUCCAUCGACACCCAAUUCAAACAGCAACCAAAUAGCUACACCAUGUGUAUUACCAUCCACUACAAAAUCAUAUUUGGAUGGAUACGCUCCUGACUAUGGAGGAUCAACGACACGGGAUUUGCAUGAUAUGUUGUUUGAAGCACGUAGCGAAUGUCAAAGUUUACGUGCAUUGAACGAACGUCUUUUACAAGCUAAUUCCGACCACCACCAACAACUCAAUGAGAUACAACUUGAACAUGAACGUGCAUUGAAUGCUGCCAAUGCUACAGCAGAGGAUCAAAUUAAACGUAUUCAAGGAUACGAAAAACAGAAACAGGAAUUGUUACAAGAAAAAAUCAAUACGCUUGAUCAGGAUUUGACGCAAUUACAAACCACUACAAAACAGAUUUCUCAGAUUAGAGCAUCGCUUCAACGUGAGAAAGAGUUGGAAGUCUUGACAAUCAAAAAAGAGUUGUUGGGAAAAACUGAAAGGCAUUUAGUUGAUAUGCGUCAAGAGAUGGCUUUAGGACGCAAAGAAUUACAGAAAACGUAUCAGCAGGAAAUAGAUAACGAAGCGGCAAAGGCAGAGGAGCUGAAAACCAGAUUAAAAACAGUAUGUGAUGAGCGUGACGCUGCACUGCAGAAUGCGAUUGAGCUGAAACGACAAAUGACUGAAAAAAGUGACUUGGUUGCUAAAGUUGAUGGAUUGGUUUCUGAACGAGCAGAGUUGAUUUCCAAGGUAGCGGAAAUGGAGUAUGCAAUGGAGCAAAUUUGGACGAUCAUGAAUGGAUCCAACAGUAGCAAUGCCCAACCUCAAUCUAAUUUCGCUUCCAGUACUUCAAGUUCUGGAACCUCUAAAUCUUUACGCAGAUCUGGAUCUCGCCCCAAGACUGAUUUCAUAUCAAAAGAUCAAGUGAUUCUUAAAUGCAAGGAGUUGGUAGAACAACAUGAAGCGACUGUAGCAAAUCUUCGAGCCGAUUUGAGUGUAAAAACAGAGCAAAUGCAAUCUAUUAAAGAUGAACUGACCAUACAGAUGCAAGACACUCAAUCUCAUUUGGAAACCCAACAUCGGCGAGUAUUGGAUGCAUUGAAGCGUGCACAUAUGGCUGAGCUGGCACAAACCAAAGUUACUUUAGAGGCAUCGUUGAGUAUGGCCAAGAGUGAUGAAGAAAAUUCUCGAAAUCGGAUGGAAGCCAAUAUUAGGAGUUUGUCCAAGCAUGUUCAGAAUCUUCAAUUGCAGUUGAAAAGCAAGACAGAAAAUGGAUCAAAAAGAACGAACAGUCCACUCGAUCAUCCUGUAAUACCAGAUUCACAAGUGACACUGACUGAGCUUGCAGCUAGAUUUCCUACCCAACUUAACCAGUACCGAUCAGGACUUGAGUCUCAGCUUCGACGACACAUGAAUGCAAUGGCAUUGCAAGCACACUCGGACGAGAUAGCUUCUCUCAAAGCAGAUCAUGCUCAGACUCUCCAACUCCUAACAGCUCAACACGAACAGGAAAGGCAAACUAUUGUCAAUCGUCAUCAAGCAGAAAUUGUUUCUGUUUCUACACGAUUGAAAGAACAAUGUUCGGCUGCUUAUGAUACUGCCAUUACCAAGUUAAAGGACGAGUAUCUACGACUUGAAGGUCUUUUGGUCAAGAAAUUUACAGGAGAAAAAGAACUGUAUGUUGAUCGACUUGAAAAACGAGCCAAGAUGGAUAUAGACAGGAUGAAGGAGGAAACAAGUCGAAACGUGUUGGCUUCUGUUCAGGUAGAAUACGACGCGAAAAUAGCUACAUUGGAGAAAUCGCUGCAAAAUGCUCAAAGCCAAAGCUUAUCCCAACUUCAGACCAUCAAAGAAAAAUACAUUGCCACAGUGCGUCGAAUGAGAGACGAACUUGCUCAACGCAAAGAAGAUGGAUGGCGACGACUAGAAACAGAGUGGGUAAAACGGCGUCGAGUCAUGAAUGACGAAUGGCUGCGUCGAUUGGACAACUUUAAAGUUCAUUGUGAUGUUCAUCAUGCUGGAUGUAGAUGCACAGUUGUUAUUGCUGCUCUUUCACUCGUGGCGUACUGUACGGCGCGCACGUAUCUUGUGUGUGACUUGUCGUCGUGGUGA